CAUGAUGUUAAUCUCUUCUUGCCAAAGGUUGUUGUCCUUUCCGGCAGUAUAUGCCCAUCAAGCCAGCAAAAUAUGGGAUCAAGUCAUGGGUGGCCUGCGACGCCAAAUCCAGCUACGCUUGGAAGAUGCAAGUCUACACAGGGAAGCCGACCAGUGGAGGCCCGGACAAGAACCAGGGGACGCGGGUUGUGCUUGAUGUGACAGAUGGACUGAGGGGUCACAAUGUCACAUGUGACAAUUUCUUCACCUCUUAUGAACUCGGACGGCAGCUCCUGAAGAGGAACGUCACCAUGGUUGGUAUAGUUCGAAAGAACAAGCCUGAGCUCCCCUCUGCACUGAUUGCGUCAAAGGAAAGAGAGGUCUUCUCAUCAAAGUUUGCUUUCACGCCCACCACCACUCUAGUUUCCUACCUCCCAAAGAAAAACAAGAAUGUGUUACUUCUGAGCACACUGCACACAGAGGCUGAAAUUAGCCAUCGCCAGGACAGGAAGCCAGCAAUGAUCCUAGACUACAACUGCAACAAAGGAGGUGUGGACAACCUAGAUAAGGUCAUUGGAACAUACAGCUGCAGAAGGAUGACUGCCCGCUGGCCACUGGUCAUCUUCCACAACAUCAUUGAUGUUUCCUCCUACAAUGCCUUUGUGAUAUGGAGAGAGAUCAACCCUAGCUGGAUGCCUCGUAAGCGAAACAAGAGGAGGGUGUUCCUGGAGCAGCUGGGAAAGGUACUUGUAACUCCAUUCAUCGAAAGAAGGGAGCGCCCCCCCACGCAUAGACGCAUCUGCAGCAGUUCCACUGCCCCAGCCACUGCCCCAGCCACUAGCCACUGCCCCAGCCACUGCCCCAGCCACUGCCCCAGCCACUGGCCACUGCCCCAGCCACUGCCCCAGCCACUGCCCCAGCCACUGACCCAGCCACUGGCCACUGCCCCAGCCACUGCCCCAGCCACUGCCCCAGCCACUGACCCAGCCACUGGCCACUGCCCCAGCCACUGCCCCAGCCACUGCCCCAGCCACUGGCCACUGCCCCGGCCACUGCCCCAGCCACUGCCCCAGCCACUAGCCACUGCCCCAGCCACUGCCCCAGCCACUAGCCACUGCCCCAGCCACUGCCCCAGCCACUGCCCCAGCUGGGGCAAGUAA